AUGGAUUCUAGCGUGUCGCGCCGCAAGCAGGAGGUCGAUUCGCUCUUUGCGGAUCUCUCGAUAGAGAUAGAUUCUUCGAAGGAAAGUCUUGCACCUGCGCGACAGCAGCCACACACGGCAUUCAAGGCUGCGGAUACUUCAGGCGACGAUGCACAGCGUCUUUUGGAUGAUUUGGAGGGGCUCGUGCAGCGAAAGCGUUCGCAGAACGAUGUAGUGCAGCCGCGCUCAGACUCGCAAGUGCCAUAUACUACGCCGCACUCAAGUACGCACAGUGCAUCGCCGGUUCCAGGUAUGCCGGCUCGCGAUGCGCCCGUCAAAGAACCGACCCAAGAGCAAGAGCGUCAAGACACGUCUGAGCCGUCAGCGUCGGGCUGGGCAGCAUGGGGUGAAAGUAUUUUCAGCCAUGCAUCCAAGUACACCGAACAGGCGCGCGUAGAAAUUGGGCGCCGUGCCGCGACGCUAACAGAGGGGCACGAGACAAAUGCAGAAGGCGCCGCAGGUGGGCUCCAGCUGCAAUUCCCCAAAGGACUCCGCAAUAUUGUGCACGAUGCGGGACUCGACCAAUUUGGACGCAAUCUCUCUGAAAUGGGAAAGCGCGGCUGGGACGAGCUUUUAAGCGUUGUUGCCCCACCCCUCGAGUCCAGCGAACGGCUCGAGGUGACGCUCUCCCACGAUAUGGAACAAUAUAAGAACCUUGAGGGGGUCGUAUUCAAGGCCCUUUUGGGGGGCAUGGAGAAUGCUGGCGUGACAGAACUGUCCGUACGCACAUAUACUAGCGACCGUGCGGAAAAGGAUCGUACGGAGAGUUCUGUGCCGCUGGGCACGGAUCAAGUUGCAAGCAGCAAAGAAGAGGCUGUGCGCCGCAGCAAGGAGGCAAUCGUUCCGAUCAUCCAACGCAUACAAGAACAGAGAGCUAGUGCGGAAGACGAUUCUGCAUUGUCGAUUGUGCUGCACAUCCAACCAUUCUUCCAACGUGCACUCGAGAUCAAAGAGGUGGGUCUAUUGGAUACCAUCAUCACACCGAAACAAGCGCUUUCUUCGCGUGCGAAAGAGAAGCAGCAAGAUGUAACAUUCAUUGUUUGGUGGCUGGACCCUGCGUUUGGGCUAAGUCAUUAUACAGUGAGCCAGAUGCUCCCUUCUUGGUGGCUUACCGUAGCUCCCGAGCGGAAUGCAUGGGUUGCACAGCGAAUCGACGACGUAAUUACAGGGGCAUUACACGUAGUUGCCGAGGACUAUAUCCAAAGCCGCGCAGCCAGCUUUGCCUCGGCCUUCACUGCCACAGAGACAGCGUAG